AUGUCGCCUUCUACUAGAUCAUCAAGUUCUGCAAGAGCCAUAGCUCUAAGGAUUAAGGCUGUGGCAAUGAAACGAUCGAGGACAAAACCAGCAACACCAAUUCUAGCAAUUGAAGGGGCUGAGACAUCAACCAAAAAGGCUGCCAAUCCCAUAUCUAAAACUACCAAAAAAGCAGCCUCUCCUAAGAAGGGUCGAACUACCAAAAAGGCUGCCUCUCCCAAGAAGUCUAAUACUACAUCAACAGCUGCCUCUCCCAAGAAGGGUCGAACUACCAAAAAGGCUGCCUCUCCCCAGAAGGGUCGGACUACCAAAAAGGCUACCUCCCCCAAGAAGUCUCGGACUAGCAUGACUAUAACUGCUAAGUCCAACGGGGUUGUGUCAUCAACCAAGUCAACGAACAAGUCUGUUUCCAGUAAGACUAAGAAGUCUGAGGAGGAUGAUGAUGAAAACAGAACUGGUGGAUUGAAGUUGCUGAAGCGAGGAAUGGUUACGAUGAGCCGCAUUACAAACAGGCUUAUCCGAGGAAAGAGGCUCACUGUGAAGUUUAAUGAAAAAGGAGAACCUGUUGGUAAGGCUGCAAAAGAAAUGCAGUCUUACAUUGGGGUGUUGGCACGUACGAAGAUCCCUAUCUCAAUAAAUGAUUGGAGAGAAGUGGAUCUAGAUGAAAAGGAAAAGAUAUGGGAAUCUAUAAAGGAUGCAUUUGUGGUGCCUAAAGAGCUUAAAAAAAUGGUGAUUUCAUCUGCUGCAACUAAAUGGAGAGAGUUCAAGAGCAAGUUAACAAACAUGUACAUCAUCCCUUAUAUGGAUGAACCAGAACUGUUAGAAAAUCCUCCAGAUGAUUACCGAAGCAUAACGAAAGAUACUUGGCACCAGUUUGUUGCUGAUAGGCUUUCAGCUACCUUCCAGGAAAUACGUGAAGCCCAAAUUGCAAAGCGAAAGGAGAAUAAAUAUCCUCAUCGUAUGUCACGCAAAGGUUAUGCAAAUUUAAUGGAAGAACUGUCUGAAAGUGUCCCUUUACAAGAACUUGAUAGAGCAACAAUGUGGAUUAAGGCUCGGCAAGAUAGGAAUGGCAACUUCAAACAACCUGAGGUAGAGAAGAAAGCCGAAAAAAUUGAACAUUUAAGGAAAAGGGAGGCUGAAGGGGAAAUUGCCACAUCUGGGUCUGAUGAUGUGCUCACUCUUGCAUUGGGGAAUCCGGAGCAUAGAGGUAGGGUUAGAGGUGUUGGUGGCAAUGUCAAGCCCGAUUUAUAUUUCAACUUGCCAAAACGGCAAAAGAUGACUUUUGAACAGAGGACUAGGUUAUCGCUGAAGAAGAUACUAGAGGAGGAGAAGGAAGUUUUGUUAGCUAAGGAAAGAACUGCAUGGGAGGAGGAGAGGGAUACAAAACUUGCUGAGGAGAGAGCUUAUUGGACUGAGAGGAUUGCAAAGCUAGAAGCGAAGGUCGAUGGGAAGGAGCUGCCUGUUGAGUCCCCCAAACCUGUCACAGCAGUUAAUGAGCUUGGUUCAGGACAAGGGAGUUGUUCUCGCCAUGGGGAGAAGGCUGCGGAGAAGGCUGCACAUGAUAAUAUUGAAGCUGAGGUGAAGGGUGUGAAGAAGAAGUUGGUUUUAAGAGAUGAAGUGAGCAUCGAGGUUGAAGAGGAAAUUGUGCAGCCCAGUGAUGAGAGGGUACGGUUAAACCCGAUAUUAGAAGAGGAGGUUAGAGAAGAUGUCAUUGUACUAGAGGCACCAGUACAUGGUGAAGAGGAACAAUUAGGUGAGACCAAGUAUAAACUGGCCAUUGACACGGUGGAAAACAUUGUGGCUAUUGGAACUGUCAUCAGUAUCGACCUUGAGACCAAACAGCAAACAAUCCAUGGUGUUCCACUUGGAGAGGAGAAUUUGCGUGUCUCUAUCACAGAAACUGUUGUUCCUGAAGCUUUGCUGCCAUUUCCCAUAAAAGAUGAGAUAGUGAAGGUCAAGGAUGCCAUUGGGACUUGUGUCGCUUGGCCGAGGAACCUUGUUAUUGCCCCUGCACCUGGUGGGAAGAAAAAACCAAAGCGUAAAAUUCCUAAUAGGCCACAGAAAGAUAUGUUUGAUGAUAAGGAAGACUUGCAAAUCCUGCCAUCGAAUCUCCCUGCACCUUUAAAGGACUUAUGCAUUUGGGCAAACAUUGGAUUGCGGAAUGGGGCAACCAUCCACGCCACUUUUGGACCAGAACUUUUUGGUCAUCCACAUAAAGCCUUUGUCUUUAGAAAGGACAUCUAUGCUAUGACACACUUAUUGGAAAUUUCAGGCAGCUGCAUUGUUUUUUACAUGAGCUACCUUCAAGGUGUGUUGAAGAAGGCUAAGAUGAAUGACAUGGUCGCUUUUGUCGACCCUGCUCACACGGGUGCAAGUGGUUGUGGAAAUCCAACCGAACGAGCUCGCUUAGUAUCAAAUCGGUUCAUAAAUGGGAAGUCUGGGCAAAUUUAUUUGGUCCCAUAUAAUUCAGGUGGUCAUUGGACAUUGUCUGCUGUGAAUCCAGCUGAAGAAACCAUUCACUUCAUGGAUCCGUUAAAGAGGCGACUCAUCGCUGGUGAAUGGAAAACAAUUCUGGACAACUCCAUUAAAAUCUACAAUGCACAGAAGAAUAAGAAAGGGAAGAAAACCAUUCAAUGGAAAAAUCUUGCUGGCAUUCCGGAGCAGAAAGAUAGUAAGACUUGUGGGUAUUGGAUCAUGCGCUACAUGAAGGAGAUAGUGGAAGAUAAGAAUUUGGAGUUUGCAGCUAAAUGGGAAAGAAGGACAAAUCUGGUUUACACUGAAAAGGACAUUGAUCAAGUUCGGGCAGAAUGGGCGAAGCAUGUUAUCAUGUUUCCAGAUAUGUAGUGUGCGUGCUAGGAGGUUUGUCG